CAAAAGCACUUCUCUCCCCACGUUUAACGCCUUCAAAGCGCGUCUUAAAGCUGUUUCAGUCGUAAAGCUGUCAAAGGAAACAAGGAGUUACGCGGCAGAGUCACAGAUUACACAGGAUUACAGCAGCCCUUAGACAAAGUUGGGCUCUGCUGUCUUGGCUUUGGUGGCAAGAGCAGGAGUGGCUUGAUCCUAAAGCAGCUCUCCAGAUCAGAUUUCACCCAAACCAGCUGUGAGAAGGAGCUUUGCCUUUUCUCCCCUCUCUCCAUGUUGUAAACGCGCUCCUGACAUCCAGAAAAAAAGGAGAGUGACGGAGAGAGUUCCUGAAGGAAUUUUCCUUCUCCUAGGCGAGAAUUGAAAAAGUCACCAGAGUCUAGAGAACAGCGGCGAGGAUGGAUGAUCAGCCCCGGUUGAUGCACUCCACUCACGGGGUGGGCAUGGCCGGACAUCCCGGCCUGGCGCAGCAUAUGCAGGAUGGCACGGGAGGAGCGGACGGCGAGGGAAGAAAACAGGACAUUGGAGACAUAUUACAACAAAUCAUGACCAUAACCGACCAAAGUCUGGACGAGGCACAAGCCAGGAAACAUGCACUGAAUUGUCACAGAAUGAAGCCGGCGCUAUUCAACGUCCUGUGUGAAAUAAAAGAAAAAACAGUACUCAGUAUCCGUGGAGCUCAGGAGGAGGAGCCACCAGACGCUCAACUCAUGCGAUUGGACAACAUGCUGCUAGCCGAGGGAGUGUCCGGACCUGAGAAAGGAGGCGGUUCGGCUGCAGCUGCGGCUGCAGCUGCUGCGGCAGGCGGCGGCGGGUCCGAUAACUCGGUUGAACACUCAGACUACCGGGCCAAGCUGUCCCAGAUCCGUCAGAUCUACCAUACAGAACUGGAGAAGUAUGAGCAGGCGUGUAAUGAGUUCACCACCCAUGUGAUGAACCUGCUGAGGGAGCAGUCUCGCACUCGGCCCAUCUCCCCUAAAGAGAUCGAGCGCAUGGUGGGCAUCAUCCAUCGCAAGUUCAGCUCCAUCCAGAUGCAGCUCAAACAGAGCACCUGCGAGGCGGUCAUGAUCUUGCGCUCCCGCUUCCUAGAUGCCAGACGAAAAAGAAGAAACUUCAAUAAGCAGGCCACAGAGAUCCUGAAUGAAUACUUCUACUCCCACCUCAGCAACCCGUACCCCAGCGAGGAGGCCAAGGAGGAGCUGGGAAAGAAAUGCUCCAUUACAGUCUCACAGGUAUCCAACUGGUUUGGAAACAAGAGGAUCAGAUACAAGAAAAAUAUUGGAAAAUUCCAAGAAGAAGCCAACAUGUACGCCGCCAAAACCGCCGCGACCGCAACCAACGUCUCCACCCACGGCAGCCAAGCCAACUCGCCUUCCACACCAAAUUCGGCCGGUUCUGCUGGUUCUUUUAACAUGAACUCCGGGGACUUGUUCAUGAGUGUGCAGUCUCUGAAUGGGGACUCAUACCAGGGGGCCCAAGUGGGGGCCAACAUUCAGUCACAGGUGGAUACUCUUCGCCAUGUUAUCAGUCAGACAGGCGGAUACAGUGAAAGCCUCGCUGCCAGUCAGAUAUACAGUCCACAGGGCAUCAAUGCGAACGGUGGCUGGCAAGAUGCCCCGACACCCUCCUCAGUGACCUCACCCACGGAAGGACCCGGGAGCGUCCAUUCUGAUACCUCCAACUGA